AUGGAGGAAGAAUUCGAAAUGUCAAUGAUGGGAGAGCUCACAUUCUUCCUUGGACUUCAAAUCAAGCAAAUGAAGGAAGGUACCUUCAUUUCUCAAACUAAAUAUUGUAGGGAAAUUCUUGAAAAGUUUGAGAUGGACAAAUCUAAGGAAGCAUCUACUCCCAUGGGAACAUCAUGCUAUCUAGAUAAAGAUGAGUCAGGUAAAGAGGUAAAUCAAACCAAAUACAGAGGUAUGAUUGGUUCUUUGUUAUAUCUUACUGCAAGUAGACCUGAUAUUAUGCAAAGUAUUUGUGUAUGUGCUAGGUAUCAAUCUAGUCCUAGAGAAUCUCAUCUUACUGCAGUUAAGCGCAUUUUAAAAUAUCUUAAGGGAACAACAUCUUUUGGGUUAUUGUAUCCUUCAGAAGCUAAACCUAGCCUUGUAGGUUUUUCGGAUGCUGAUUAUGGGGGCUGCAAGAUAGAUAGAAAAAGCACAAGUGGAACCUGUCAUUUUCUAGGUAGCUCCUUAGUUUCCUGGCACUCUAAGAAACAAGCCUGUGUAGCCUUAUCAACCACUGAAGCCAAAUACAUUGCUGCGGGUAGUUGUUGUGCACAAAUCUUAUGGAUAAAGCAGCAAUUAGAAGACUAUGAUAUUCAUCUAGAUCAUAUUCCACUUCAGUGUGAUAACACAAGUGCCAUAAUAGGAAGAUGUUCACCAAAUUUACGAGGUUUUGCGCCUCUCCGGAUUUACAAGGCUUUUGUGCCUCUCCAGGUUCACCAGUUCUACAACGUUUUGCGCCUCUCCAAAUUUACAAGGCUUUUGCGCCUCUCCAAGUUCACCAAGUUUACGAGGGAAGUUGUGGAAACAUCAUCUGGANCAUUNGNAUAUGGCGUGNCACAUUCNAAGGCUCAACAUUUAGUCAUUUAG